AUGAGCAGGAACCAAAGCAUCUUCUUCUACCGUCUUGCGCUUGGUCUUUGCUUCGCCACUACCGUUGCUGGCAUGGAUCCUGGCAUGAACUCCAUAAAUGGGCAGCCUCCAAUGGGUGACGAAGGCAACAAUAGCAUGCAGCUGCACGUACACCGUCGAGGGUUGCAACACUGGGUCAAAAUGUUGCUUGCUGAAGAUAUCAUUGUGGCCUUCUUUGUUUUUGGCAUGAUUGUCGCGGCGGCAUUCGGCAUAGCACACUUCUGCCAUCGCCGCAACCUUCGUUCUCGCGUCGCCGAUGUCGAACCCGCUGCCGGACAUCACGAGCCUGUCCAUAAUGCCAACGUCCCAGCUUUAGGCGUAAACGACAUCGAAUUGGCACAAAUGCCCACCGGAAAUGCUCAUGCUACGACCUCACAGGCUGAGACCUCGCAGGCUGGGACCUCACAGGCUGGGACCUCACAGGCUGGGACCUCAUUGACAAAGCGGAUGAUACUUCACUCACGAGGUCCCACUUUUUCUCGCAACGCAAAAGCGCAGAAAUCACCCCAUGGACCUGGUCUUGCCAAGUGCUCUCUCAAGUCUCUUGAGUCGCAAACUCCGGAGGAAAUCACCAGCCAUCCAUGCUACUCCUUUUUCGAACCAGCCUACAAGAUUGUCAUCACUAACCUCAAUAAAGCGGGUGAGCUCGAAAAGAUCGUCAAGUUUCUGGGGACGAAGCACAACCCACAGAACCACAUCACAUCCGAGGACGCCCAGGCUGCCUUGCAAAGUUAUCCAAGAACUCCUGCCAUCGUAAAAGAUAUCAAUGACCUCCUUGUCGACAACGCAAAGCCAGGUCUGAGCGAAUGUUUCAAGCAGCAUCUCAGCUGGUAG